AGAGAGAGAGAGAGCUUGAGAUCGUCGUCGUCAAUGGUGAAUCCAGACCCUAUUGGAUAAAAUAAAACCUCCAAAAAAGUCUCCUAUCACCAUCAUGCCUUCCCAGUUGACUCCAGAAGAACGAUCGGAGCUCGCGCAAUCCAUCGCCGAGUUCCACACCUACCACCUCGGUCCGGGGAGCUGCUCCUCCCUCCACGCGCAGCGAAUCCACGCGCCCCCGGAGAUCGUCUGGUCCGUCGUCCGCCGAUUCGACAAGCCGCAGACCUACAAGCACUUCAUCAAGUCCUGCUCCGUCGAGGACGGGUUCGAGAUGCGCGUCGGAUGCACGCGCGCCGUGAACGUGAUCAGCGGUUUGCCGGCGAACACGUCGACGGAGAGGCUCGACAUACUCGACGACGAGAGGAGGGUGACGGGGUUCAGCAUCAUCGGGGGAGAGCACAGGCUGACGAACUACAAGUCGGUGACGACGGUGCACAGGUUCGAGAAGGAGAGGCGGAUCUGGACGGUGGUGCUCGAGUCGUACGUCGUGGAUAUGCCGGAAGGGAACUCGGAGGACGAUACGCGCAUGUUCGCGGAUACGGUGGUUAAGCUUAAUCUGCAGAAGCUGGCGACUGUCACUGAGGCUAUGGCUCGUAACGCCGGCGACGGAAGCGGUGCUCAGGUUAGUCUGGACAUUUACUAUUGUGGAUAAGUGGGAAUCUUUCCUUUUUCGGGUAAGUGUAUUCUUUGCUAGGCAGUCAAAAUUUUCUUCCACGCAAUAAUACUGUCGUAAAAGCAUACUAGAAAGGUAACUUUUUUUAACAAAAGUAGAUUAUAUCAAAUUAGGAUUCUUGUGAGUUUUUUUUUUUGUUGUAUUUUUGGUUUGUUAAAACUUUAUGAAAGUAUCGUAGUAGGAUUUGUCACGUGUAUUUUCUUUGUUUGGGUAAAAGAUUGAUAUUCACGUUAAUUUUGUUGUAUUCUAUACUUUAUCCGUGUUAGAUUAAAUGUCAUUUUGC